UAUAACUCCAAAUGAGAAAAUAAUUUCAAAAGUUAGAAGAACUAUUUACAAUUCUCUUGAAUAUUAUUGGCAUGACCUAGAAUAUACUGAAUUAACUACCAUGUUAUUAGAUUUGCAGUUUAAAUCAUCAAAACAAAAUACAGUUCUAACUGAUAAUUUAGUUAAAGAUACUGAUAUUGAAACACCUUUAUUCACCUCAAACUUUCUAAGAAAAAUAUUUAGCUAUAGUCAAAAUCAAACAAACUAUGAAAUUGAAAUAGAUAAUUACUUAAAUGAAAUGAUUACUUCAUCUCUAUCUGGUGAUACAAAUAUUUAUAAUUGGUAG